UGCACACUGGUGAGGAAUAUAGUGGGCUUGAUUUCAUCAUGACAUUGGAAGUCUUCCAGCCAUCUUCAGCGGUUAUGAUCGGGGUGGAAGCAUUCUCAUGGUUGGCCUAUUGAGAAAGACCUAGCUGAAAUGUUUUUCCUCAUUGCAUGUGCUUUUAUGUGAUGCAUGCCAUGAGCUGGCCUCAACAGGAAAUGCUGGGCUUGUUCUGAUAUGAUACUGCAUGCUCAUUCCUGGUCUAUGAGAAACUCCCAACUUUCUGCUGGUAUUUAAAAACUCCGCCUCUCACAUAAACCCCGCCCAAUAACAAGUAUGAACAGGCAAAGAUUAAAGAAACAGAUGAGCUAGACAGAAGCUCCCACCCCUACGACGAUCAAACAGACUCUGCUCUAUGCAGAAAAACACAGUAGAAGCUGAGGAACUCUGGGUUUAUUUUUUACCUAUGUUUACAAUGAGAACUUCAAGACCUCUAAGUCAUGGAUCUCACUUUGUGGCAGUACCAGUUUCGAAUCAUCAUGCUAGGAGACUCCACCGUGGGCAAAUCAUCCAUGUUGAAGCGCUACACUGAGGAUCUGUUUCUGGAGUGCAUCAACCAAACAGUCGGAGUGGACUUCUAUGUACAUUUCCUAGAGGUGGAACCUGGGGUGAGGGUCAAACUGCAGUUCUGGGAUACAGCUGGUCAAGAGAGGUUUAGGUCUGUGACUCGCUCCUACUACCGUAACUCAGUCGGAGGUCUUCUGGUGUUCGAUCUGGGCAACCGCAAAUCUUUCGAAAACGUGCAGCAGUGGUAUGCAGAGGUGUGUGAACGUGUGCAACCCUACACUGUGCUCUUUGUACUGGUGGGACACAAAAGUGACCGGGUCCAAGCUGGAGAGCGAGCCGUGGACCGAACUGAGGCAGAAAAGCUUGCAAGCCAAUUGGGAGCGCCGUACAUCGAGGCCUCAUCAAAAACAGGUCACAAUGUGAAAGAGGCCUUUGAACUCUUGACCCGGAGGGUUUAUCAGGGCAUAAAAAGUGGAGAGAUCCAGUUGCGUGAGGAGUGGGAUGGAGUCAAGAGCUCAGCACCUAGAGCCCAAACACUCCAGAAGAUACAAAACAAUGAAGCCGCUGAGAAAAACAAGAGCUGUGCUUGUUAACUUACAAUAUGUGGUUCUCGCAAAUUUUGUGUAGACCUUCAAA